AUGACGAACCCCCUGGGGGGCCCGGCGGGGGAAGGGGUGCUGGUGACGGGGCUGCACGCCUGCGGGGACCUCAGCCCGGCCCUGCUGCGGCACUUCGCCCGCAGCCCCGCCGUGGCCGCCGUCGCCUCGGUGGCUUGCUGCCACAUGAAGCUUUCCACCUCUCCGCAACCUCCCGGUUGCCUCGUUGGCUACCCGCUGAGCGCUUGGGUAGCCGGAUUACCGGGCCACGAACUUUCCUAUCGGGCGAGGGAAGGCGCCUGCCACGCGCUGGAGGAGUACGUGAGGCGCUUGGAUGGGGCCAGCGGCUCCCUGCGCGCCCACUGCUACCGCGCCGUCCUGGAGACCCUGAUCCGGGCGGCCGAUCCCGGCAAGAAACGCCCCGGGGUGCAGACGGUGAAGAAGGCUCACGCCCUCAGCUUCCCCCAGUACGCCCGGUUGGGGCUGCCCCGCGUGGGGCUGGAUCCGGCCGCCGUCCCGUUGGAUUCGGAGGCCGUGGAGGCCAUGCUGGAGCAGCAACACAAGGUGGUGGCUUUCUUCAGCCUCACCCUGCUGCUGGCUCCGCUGGUGGAGACCCUCAUCCUCCUCGACCGCUUGCUCUACCUACGGGAGCGAGGUUUCCACUGUGCCCUCGUCCCCCUCUUCGAUCCCCGCUUCUCCCCGCGCAACCUGGUGCUGGUGGCGGCGCGGACGCCCCUGGGCGCGGUGCUGUCGGGUCUGGACGAGGACAGCGACGAGGACGAGGAGGUGGCGGAGCCCCCCGGCGAGGGAUGGAACCCCCCGGCUCCCGCUGCCGGGCACGAACCGCAAUAA